AUGAGUUUCGCCACCACUGUUCCACGCCAAUCGUCCUCCCACUCUUCAAGGUCUUCUCGCCAGUGCAAUGUUUGUGGCCGAUCUGGACAUGACACCACAGUUUGCUUUCGAGUAAAAGUCUGCCCCCAUUGCAACCGCACGGGUCACGAUCCACGCCGUUGUUUUGAAGUUGUUGGCUAUCCUGCAGGUUGGUCCGGCAAAUCUCCAGCGACUCCGUCUACCGCCGCGUCUUCGACGGGAAAAGGUGAAUCGAUUGGCACCUCUUCAUCUUCUGCUGGUGGUGACCGACGACUUAUUCCUUCAGUCUCUGCCAAAGCCCACGCUGCCACUAUUGUUGGGACAAAACCUGUUGGGCCCGGUCAUGUUGGGCCAAGUCAUGUUGGGCCAAGUCUUGCUAAUUCUGCUAUCCAAUUUGGCUCUUAUGGGGCUAAUUCUGUCCCGGCAUCUACAGCCGACCUCGACUGCGACGCCGCCAUGAGGAUCUCUCCUAUGACGGCGGUCUGCUCCAGCCGGGCUCGCCGACAAGCUAUGGCCUCCGAUCGACCGAGACUGCGACACCGAUGUGGACCCUGCAAACCACCAUCUUCAUGUGCAGCACUGACGACGGGGCUUGAGCACGGACAUGGGAUGAUGAUUGGAGCUGUCUGCAAUCAGCCUCCGUGA